GGAGGGUUUUUCCUAGAAGCCUGGAUUGCUCAACCCUGGAUUUUUUUGUAAGAACAACAGACAGACUAUAAAACAGCAGAAGUAGGAAGUAGGAAUCAGACAUGAAGAUGAAGGUCCAGGUGAGAUCUCUCAUCCUGCUCGCUGUGGCUGCCCUGCUGGUCAGAUCUCAGGACCAAACUGGGACCAGGUAUGAAGACAUCAUCUCAGUUGCUUUGCCUCAGCUGCUUCCUGGGGAAGAGCAGGCUUUCCGUCCAAUUCUGAACCAGCUCCAAGUCGAGACUUUGAAUACAGAGGAUGUGGACCAGUCUGAGGUGUCUGUAAGGCUGACCUUCCCCAUGCAGGAGACUUUCUGCAGUAAAUCACAGGGGCAGCCAGGCAAACCAUGUCCUCUGAAGAAAAAUGGGAAACUAAUGAUGUGCAGCAUGAUGGUCAGACAUCCGAUUCUGGAGGCUAGCAACAACCUGAACACUGACCUGUCUAAAACAAAUUGUGAAUACAUGGAGGCAGAAGAUGCUAUGCAGCAGAAGAUUCGGACAAGAAGAAGCCAAGCCAGAAAAUGCUCCAGAGGCAAUGGUGGCAAAAUUGGCAGCAUUCGUUGUCGUGGGGGUGGCACUCGCCUUGGGGGUGGCUCCUUAAUUGGUCGUCCUGAGGGUGGCUCUCCUCCUGGGGGUGGCUCUUUCACUGCUGGAUUUAUCAGAGAUCAACGUGAUGGAAAUCGCUUUGCAUAGAUCAGCACGAUACAACCUCUGGAUAACUGAAAAUAACCCAUCUAUCAAAGAAAUGUCAUAAGGUUAUUUAUCUUUUUUAUAUGUAUCAACGUUGCCAAUUGUUGAAUUUGAUGAAAAUUACUUCCAGAUUAUGUUUACGGCAAUAAACUGCAAAAUAAAUUUACAAAAGACGAUGUCUGUAAAA